UCCCGUUGCUCCAGGGCCCGAUUCUGUUAUUGGGUCCGCCUGCAUCUCGUCCUCGCUGCUGCUUCCACUGUGCCAGCAGCGCCUCAUCCGCAGACUGAAUGAAUUCUCCAUUGUGUCAUGGACCGUUUCGGCCUGCUUUGGAGGUGCGAAACAGCUCGGUCAUGCGUUCUCCAUAUUCAACAACCUCUAGCUCCUCAACUUCGCCAUCGUCAGAAGUGUCCGGGGAACCUAGCUCGCCCUUAAGAGCCGUGUCGCCAUUUGACUCGCACGACCCCCUUCGCAUUAGCCCGAUCUCUCCUAUCAAGCCACAACACCACUCCUCUCGAUCUCCUGCAUCCUUCCACCCCGAUACUGGCUCCAGUCGGCUGAAGCGUCGAGCCUCGCAGGGCUCAAUCCUCACUAAGCCUUCUCCAGUCUCCCGUUUCCUCUCACGCAGCAACGCUUCUCUCCAUCUCCCAUCCUUCGAAGAACUUGGUCUCUCGUCGAAAGUCUCCCGUUCCGACUCUCAGUCCUCUCCCCCGCAAUCCCGCCUUCGUCUUUCCACUGGUCCGACUGCCUCCAGUUCGCUGGCGACUCGAGCAUCGCAGUCUUCUGCUGGGUGGGAUUCGUCGGCCAAAAGUGACUACCUCUCUGCUCUUCCACCUACUCCCCCAGAUGAUAACGAUCAUAUUGCGUGGAACCCUACCUCCGAUAUGUUGCUGUUCGAGUCACAUGUAACUCGAAACCAUGCGCCCAUGGUCAUGGACGAGGGUCCAAACAUCGGCAAUUCCCCAGCUCGGACUGACGGCCUCAGUAGCCCUUCCGACCAGCUGUCAAACGUGUCACCGUCGAGCUCCGGUGGCAGCCCAGGGUCCUCAGAUGAGAUGGAUUGUGAUCACAGCUCAUGGCUUGAGAACAGCAUCGAAGCUACAGUCUCAUCACUUGCUCUCUCGAACUCCCGCGGAGAGGCCGUCAAAAUCGUCUCUCAGAUGCUCCCAUAUCCUCGCGCUGCUGACAAGGCCGCUACGAUAUCCUCCAGCGACAGUGUCUAUUGCUCGUUAGUGCAGGCAGUACAGAAUCGUCUCCGCCAUGGACAGUCGCCCUGGAUCAAUAUCACCCACGCAGUUCCCGAACAAUUCAGCCUCUCCAACCUACCAUCCUCACCCCCGCAUAGCCCUCGAUUUUCAUUUUCCAACGACGAUUACUUCAACUCCACCGUCUUCUCCAGUGCCGCUGUGGUAUCAGCUUAUCACGACUUCCGCGGUCCCAUCCAAACCCGGCCCUCUCACUCGCCCAUGCCGAUCGUUCCACCCCUCACGGUUCAUCUCUCGAUCUUGGAACGCUACCUCCCUCCCUCGUCGGCCCAGGAAUACAAGGAUCUCUUUUCGCCAUAUCGCCCGUCCUUCUUGGUUGAUCGACUAUCCGAGCUGUCCCCUCACGGGGGUUCGUUACUCUUUGUCUACCCGACUCGCAGGGGUGGAUCUACCUUCAAGUCACAGUAUCUGGGUCCUAUUCUGGACCCCUUGCUUCGUCAACUCGUGGUCGUGAAUGAACUUUCCACGGAUAUCGGUCGUUAUCUGGGCAAGCUCUCUUCCGUGUCUCAUAUGGACGACUUCGACACGAUGCGGGAGAACCUCGCCCAGCUCUGUAACUCUUUGAGCUCCUCUUCUUCUCAAUUCAGUAUUGUCGACGCUCGAAAAGGCAGCUCCCAUCUCGAUCGGGAACUUUGGACCGAAUGGUUCAUCCACCAAGAAAAAGCUCGCAUGAAGGAGGUGCUUAGCUUGUAUUGGCAGAAUGGUCGGCGUCUUCCGGCCACCAAGGCUGUUUCCAAUGUGUCUUCCACGAACUACAUCUUGGAGGACAAGGAGGUGACCUCGGCCAUGCUCUUGGGUGAGAUCUUGGAUGGGAUUCGACGACGACCUUAUGGCGAGGAUUCCGAACCCCACGAUGGAGUUGAGUUGGGCGUUUUCGUCAUCCGCCGAUCCCACUCAUGAGCGGGCUCGGACAGGGUGGAGCGAGCUGCAGACGCAUCACCCCCCUUGCGUCCCUCCUUCGUUCUACUCACUGAUUCUUG